CCUUGGCUAAUGAGAGAAGAGAAUGCUGCUGUUUUAUGACGCCCGCAACGAAGUCCAUUUACUUUUCUGGAGCUUGGUGUGAGUGACUGAAGUAUUACAUUUGAAGGGAUUUGGAUGUAGGUGAGCCGCCUCAUUCGUGCUCUCUGUACCAUCUUCCCACAUCUAUCGCCCGGACGGCCACUGACUGCGGUCGGUGUCCUUCCCGCGGUACCAGAACCAUGCCUGUCCCCGCUGGAUACAUCAGUAACACCCCCAUGGCCUUCAAGUCCUCGGCCUCGCUUAUCCCACCUCCCUUGAUCAACACCCACCAACCCGGUGUUAUCGCCUCGCUUCUCUACAGCGGCUCCAAGUUCCGAGGACAUCAGAAGAGCAAAGGCAACUCCUACGAUGUCGAGGUUGUUUUGCAGCAUGUGACCAUGGAAGACUCAUACUUGUGUGGGUACCUGAAGAUCAAAGGGUUGACAGAGGAAUACCCCACUCUGACUACGUUCUUUGCAGGGGAGAUCAUCAGUAGGAAGCGUCCGUUUCUAACCAGGAAGUGGGAUGCAGAUGAGGAUGUGGAUCGCAAGCACUGGGGCAAAUUCCAGGCCUUCUACCAGUAUGCAAAGACGUUCAACUCGGAUGAGUUUGACUAUGAAGAGCUGAAGAAGUCUGACUACAUCUUCAUGAGGUGGAAGGAGCAGUUCCUGGUCCCUGAUCACACCAUUAAAGACAUCAGUGGUGCUUCUUUCGCUGGUUUCUACUACAUCUGCUUCCAAAAGUCCACAGCCACCAUAGAGGGAUACUACUAUCAUAGGAGCUCAGAAUGGUACCAGUCGCUGAAUCUCACCCAUGUUCUGGAACACAGUGCAGCCAUCUAUGAGUUCCGGUGACCCAGGCAUUGUGGCUUUGUUGGCUCAGAAAGACUUUAAGGCCUGCAGAAGCUACAUGAAGGAGGCAUGAAGACUGAGAAGGACUGGGGAAGGAUGGGUAGAAGGGGGACAUGAAAACUGUGUUGUUACACCUACCAAGAGGAUGUGCUUUUCUGUCUGAGGAAGAAAAGGAAAUGGAAUGAUGGAUUUAUUGAUGGACAGAUGGAAGCAGGUCUGUUGGACUGGAACUUUCACGGAGGAAGGUAUGGAUGGAUGGAAGGGACAGAGGGAAAGGACUGCUCUGCCCCAGCCAGGGCAGGCAGGAGCUUCAGUCCUGUGGGAUUGGGGCAGAGAGCCAUAGCAGUGUGAUGCUUUAUCAUUUCUUAAUUUGUUUUAAUGUCUGAUUUUAAAAGCUUGUUGACUUUCACUCUGCUGCGUCAAGGUCCAGUCAUGAGUUAUGAAAAUGGAGACUUCAGUACUACAACACUUGUCUUUGGACACUUUAUAAAUAAAGCUGGGGUUUUCCUCUUGCAA